AUGGCCACCAAUAUCACCUGGCACGAGAACUUCUCCCACGCUGAGCGUGUGGAGUUCAGAAAGCAAAAAGGUGUCACCGUUUGGUUGACUGGAUUGUCCGCCAGUGGUAAGUCUACCAUUGCCUGCGCUAUUGAACAAGCCCUUUUGCAAAGAGGCUUGAAUGCGUACAGAUUGGAUGGCGACAACAUUCGUUUUGGUUUGAACAAGGACUUGGGAUUCUCCGAGGCCGACCGUAACGAGAACAUUCGUCGUAUUUCUGAGGUAGCUAAGUUGUUCACUGACUCGUGCUGUGUCACCCUCACCUCGUUCAUCAGUCCAUACAUCAAGGACAGACAAACUGCACGUGAGUUGCACGAGAAGGAUGGUUUGCCAUUUGUUGAAGUUUACGUUGAUGUUCCUGUUGAGGUUGCCGAGCAGAGAGACCCUAAGGGUUUGUACAAGAAGGCCAGAGAGGGUAUCAUCAAGGAGUUCACUGGUAUUUCCGCGCCAUAUGAGGCACCCGAGAAGCCAGAGAUCCACUUGAGAAACUAUGAUGGACAGAGCAUUGAGGAGAGCGCCAAUGUCAUCAUCGAGUACUUGGAGGUCAACCAGUACAUCUAG